CACACACACACACACACACACACACACACACACACACACAAAACCUAGAACGAGAGGAGGUGGGGGUCUCGUACAGAUUGGACUGCAGCAUGUGUGGGAGGGGUCUGUCGAUCACAACAAAGAGACACGCUCACACACACACACGCACACUCACAGCGCACAAGAGGAGAGAGGGAGACAUGCGAAGGUGAAGGGGGUGGGGGGGGGGGAUGCCUGCUGCCGGACUUGCGGCGGCCCCCCGCCUGCACCCGCAAGCUUGGAUCAUGACGCCCACGUCACGCACGCUGCUCUUCCUCUUUGUCACACUACUGGUGAUUCUUCUCAUCGCGGAUGAUAUCUCACAAGUGGAAAACGAAGAAGAACAAGAAGCCUUAAAAAGCAGCCAGUCAACGAUGAAGCGGCUCUUCCCGAAACCACGCAGAAAGACGUCCAGACGCGUUGGAAGCACGUCAUUGCCGAGACCGGCUGCGAUAAAUCACCUUGAGCCAGGCGACAACAGCAGCGGCAAGCUGGCGUCGUCUGGCUGGACCUUCAACAAGACCCUCUCCAAACUCAUCAGGAAGAACGUGCUAAGAUUCCUGGACCCUGAGCGAGACAUCUCCAUCCUGAAGGGCUCGCUGAGACCCGGAGACGUGGUCCACUAUGUUUUUGACCGCCACAGCACCACCAACAUCUCAGAGAAUCUCCACCGCCUUCUGCCAAGCGUGUCGCCCCUGAAGAACCGCCACUACCGGCUGUGCGCCAUCGUCGGCAACUCGGGGAUCCUGCUCAACAGCAGCUGCGGCUCCCAGAUCGACUCCCACGACUUUGUCAUCAGGUGCAACCUGGCACCGGUGGAGGAAUACGCUGACGACGUGGGCCAUCGCACCGACUUGGUGACCAUGAACCCUUCGGUGGUGCAGCGAGCUUUCCGGGAUCUGGUGGACGACGAGUGGCGGCGGCGCUUCGCGCGGCGCCUCGCGAGCCUGAGCGGCAGCGUGCUGUGGAUCCCGGCCUUCAUGGCCAAAGGCGGGGAAGAACGCGUGGAGUGGGCCCUGCGCCUCAUCCUGCGGCACGCGGCCGACGUGCGCACCGCCUUCCCCUCGCUGCGCCUGCUGCAUGCCGUCAGAGGCUACUGGCUGACCAACAAGGUCCACAUCAAGCGUCCGACCACAGGGCUCCUCAUGUACACCAUGGCGACGCGCUUCUGCGAGGAGAUCCACCUCUACGGCUUCUGGCCCUUCUCACACGACGCGGCGGGCAAAGCGGUCAAGUACCACUACUACGACACUCUCAAAUACGAGUACACCUCCAGCUCCAGCCCGCACAGCAUGCCUCUGGAGUUUAGGACGCUGAGGGCUUUGCACCACCAGGGGGCGCUGCGGCUUCACACUGGCAAUUGCCAUGCGCAGCCAGAGUUGCCGAAGGAGAGCAGAAACAACUAGCUCAUGGAAGAUUACCAUGGAAAUACUUUCUAGUCUGACCAUGUAGGCUUCUCUCACGGCAGCACCUUUUUUUAGGUUUGUUUUUGUUUUAUAUGUGUGUAUACAACUUAUUUGAGGUUAAAUUGACAUAGACGUUUUGACUGGGACAAUAGAACAAGGAUAUAAGAAGACACAUCCCAACACGUGAUGCUUCUCAAACUUAAAAAGUAGCACCACCUUGACCAGGAUUCAGUCGCCUCCCUUAUCAUCAAAAAUGAGGCCGGUUCAAUUCCUAUAAAUUCAAAUAUUAUAAGCCACAGUAACUUUAUGCACAAGGAGCUCCGGUUAAAUAUAGGGAAAUUAAGUAUUUAAUUAAAAUACACAAGUUCAAUCAAAAUUAUACCUAAAUGCGUCUUUAUAAAUAUGCAGUUCUUAAAGAUUAUAAUUACAAACGGACUGCCCUUGGGCUGUGAUGUUUUUUUCCUUUACCGCUAGAGGGAGCCCGCGUACCACUAGUGAGACUCACUCAAUUCCUUGCACAGAAGUCCAGGCGGUCCUUGGUUUACGACACUGUUCGAUUCCUCCAGCGGUGAAAUAACACAAAUGUGGAAACGGAUUGUAGCACGAGUCAUAACUGGCAAUUAUUUGUGUAAAAACAUUCCCCGGGUCAAAAUAUGAAACAAACGAAAACCGUAAGUACAGGGUAACUGAGCGCACCUUCUUGUGCCUCGUGAACGUGUCGUCUUACACGGCUGCAUUCGCUUCAUUGCCUCGUAUGUCGGGACUGUCGUGAAGUGAGCAGCCCGCGAAGCAGUGCCUUGAGAUAAGAGUUUAAAUUCUUGUUUGCGCACCUCAAAAUAUUCAUCGAUCAUAUCUGCCCCCAUUUAAAUGAAUGGAAUGUGAUUUACCCAAUCGAAACCCCCACCCGACCCAUUUUUU